CUCUGACCUCACUCGUUAAAUUAUUCUUUACAAUUACAAUCUGAUAUAAUAAAUAUAUAAAGAAGCUGAAAUGCUUUAUUAUAGAUCUGGAAUAAAUAUAGAAACGAGGAACACUAUUAGCGAGCCGUUGCAGCAAUAACUGCAGUUGAAUGGAUAGAAACGAAUUCAAAUCGGGUUGUAUAUAGUGCCGUGCUAUAGCCUAUAAAUAAACUUAAUUCUGUUCAGUUCAACAACAACACUGUUGAUGACAUCUGAUCGUGCGCCUGUUGUUUGCCUGUUGAAAGAGCUAGAAAAACGUUUUCUGGGGAGAAAGAUAGAGCUACAACGAUUUAGGUGUCUUUUCAUCUAGUUUCCCUCGAAUGAAAUAUUAAUCACUACUACUUUUUUUAGGACCAGUUGGAGGUGGCGAGGUAGUAUGGAGCCACUAGACAAUCGUCCCGACUUUGUCUCAGAGACUAACGGCAAUCAAAUUGUGGCCGCCAAAGAUGCUCAGGGAAUCGACAGCAGUCCCACUAAUCAAAGGAAUGCCAACGAGCUUGUCAAAGACACGCUUCUCAUUAUCUCAGUUCAAGACGCAAUAGAGUGCCUCAGUGCUCACUUUGAGAGGGUUGCCAGGAAUGACGAGAAUGGAAACAGACCGGUUACUGCUUCCCGCCGCACUCACUUCGAACCGGAAGAUUUGCUUCUUCGGUGCUGUGUCCAAUCAACAAACAUCAACCACGUCAACAUACUGGAAAAGAGUCUUUUGAUGUUUGCGAAGUUAAAAGAUGUUAGUGAUGACCCCGUGCCCCAUUUGAUAGUCACGGGCGCCAACGUUAACUGCGUCAACGCUUUAAAUGACAGCCCUCUCAUACUGGCCUGCGCUAUGGGGAAUAUAACCCAUGUUAAACUUUUAUUGGAAGCUGGCGCGAAAGUGGAAUAUCCUGGGAAAGACGGGGACACGCCCCUGAUCCACGCUGCCAGACGAGGGCAUACCCACAUCGUGCAGCUACUGCUGGAAUCUGGGGCCGACAUCGAUGGGGCCAAUACUCACAUGGAUACGCCUUUGUUGUGUGCUGCCCAGUAUAAAAAGGUAGAGACAGUGAUAUUUCUGCUGCAAGAGGGAGCUAGUGUCAACCAUGUCAACAAGUCAGGCGAGACGGCUUUGAUGCAAGCCGUGUGUAAGCGCAGUCUAGACAUCACCAGGGAACUUAUCCACUCAGGGGCGGAAGUAAACGCGGUAGACUACCUCGGAAACAACGCCCUUAUCAAUGCCGCCAGGCUGGACGAGGCCAAAAUCAUGACACUGUUAAUCGAAUCUGGGGCUUUCCUUAACCAGGUCAACGUGCACAACAAAUCAGCGCUGUGGUUUGCCGUCUGCCACUCUGUGAUAUCCUACAGCCCUUGCCUGCGAUUGCUGCUGGCAUCUGGGGCUUGCAUAGGCUCCGAGCUUCACCAAGCUGUCACCGUGGGCUUGAUGCACGUGGUCAAGGUGCUUGUUGAACAUGGUGCUACCCCACGUUUGAUCAACUUGUCUCAGCUCAGCAUUAGAUCAUUCCCAGUGCACAUUCAACAGGUUUCACCCCUAACCGUGGCUCUUCUAACCCAGAGGCUGGAUAUUGCCCGUAAUUUCAUGGACAUAGGAUUCUUAACAGACUUUGAUCUCCGAUGCUUGCCUUAUGAUGACAAACUGAAGUGUUUCCUCAAGGACAACGCCAAGUCAGAAUCUGUAAAUUUCAUGAACAACAACCUUGCUGGACCUUGGUCACUAGAAAGACUCUGCUUGAUAGUCAUUUCCAAAAACAUUGGUUUCCAAUCAAAGUCUCGCAAACUAAAAGUAGAGAGCAGUGGAUUACCUCGUGUCUUUCAGAAACUACUUCUUUCAUAGAAGCCCUCAACGUGAUGCCUAUCUCAACUGGAGCUUUAAGCACUCUAAACUUAAACAAAAAAAAAAACAACAUUCUAAGUCUAAGUCAUUCUCAUAAAAAUUAUAUUAUUAUAUGACGUUUUUUUUUUCUUUCAACUUCUUUUGAUGCUAAUGUAUUUUCUACAGUGUUUACAAUGUGCAAAGUCAUUUUAAAUGCUUUUCAUUUUGAAAGUUUUAUUCUUUUCAUAUCGUUAUUUUAACAUUUUACAAUGUUUCCACUACAAGUUUACAUGUUGUUUUAGAAAUUCAGUUACAUCCCUACUGAUAGUUUCACGUUUGAUCAGCAAAGGGAGUUAAAUCAAAAAAAAACAAAACAAAGAAAUGUUGAAGUUUUUGCAACCAUAUCUAUACAGUGCCAGUUGUGUUUGAUAGAUUUAUAGGUAAAUAGAUCUAUUCAUUAAGUUUUUAUGAUACUAUCUGAAAAUAGAUAUAAUUUGAAUGUAUUUAUUAAGAAGUCCUAUGCUAAUCUAAUCAAAAGAUAGCUUGAUAAGGAAAAAAAAGUUUUUUCACCUUGAAGAUCUGAUGUUUAGUUCUGGACUACCUAUGUACAUACAUUAGUAGGCCUACAUAUAUGUACAAAAGUGGAAUCUUUUAGAUGCACGAUCUAAGAUUCAUUCCAAAGUCUAGAAUUUAAAGACAUAUAUACUAAAAUACUCUAAAAAUAGAAAAGAAAAGUUGUAAGAAAAAUGCAAACUUUCUAAUUUCUAGUUAUCAGUUAUGUUCGGUGUCUAAACUACUUUUUCUCACUAAGUAAAAAAAAAAAAUGGUUUUGUACAGUAAAUUUUGGUUUGCCUGGGCCUCGAAUUGAUUAGAAAUAUUUGUAUUUACACAACUUUUUGUCACCGCCCCCUUUUUCUCUCUUUGUGUGUGUGUGUUAAAACACAACUGGUCCAAUUACUGUCCAAUCAUUGGGCCUAGACUCUACUUGUGAGACUUGUAGAGUUGUCGUGAAGUGGCCACAGAGUCUCGUCCACAAGGUGCUAGUUUAGUCAUGUCUGUGUGAAGAUAUUCAACUGAAAGUUGACAUCUGGUGUAAUCUCCAGCAUUGAGUCAUUGUUUUAAUCUGGGUAGCAUUAGUGCAUAAUUUAUCAGAGCGGAAUGUCCAUAGAGAGGGAUUAGCUAUUUACUAGUUCAUUUAAACGUUUAGUUUUAAAAAUCUAUCAAAUUAUUUAUGUAUUUUAACAAUUCUAUUACAUUGAGCUUUGUUAAACCCGCAUUAUUCUAGACAUCACUAAGAUGAAGAAUAAUGGGGCUGUUACUCAUUGUUAGUAUUUUAAUUACAAAUUUAUAGUUACAAUAGUUUUCUGCUGUUUAUUAGUUCAAGCGUAAAAUAUUGGUUAUUAUUCGAUUCAUACAAAGAUAAUAUAGAUUUAGCUCCCUGGUGAUGCCAGGUCAAGUCAGGUGGUGUUCACGUGACCAGUAGGUAACAACGACCAUCAGCAUUUAUUUUCCUCAGGAACCUUUUGGGAGACGGGUGAACUCAAUUUCAUUCCUACAAGCCCGAGAAAUGAUAUGUGUGUGCCACUUUAAGAGAUCUUGAGUCUAGAUCUACGAUUCGGUCGCGACCUUUUGAUCGGUAGCGUACCGGUAACCUUUCUACCACCCCUUUCCCUUUUUAAACCAUUUGAUUUUAGAUCAUGAAAAAUAAACCACGAGAAUUGGAUCUGGUAGCUUAUUAAGUGAGCACAACAGUUGUCAUUCGCUAAUGCAAAUUACUUAACAAAUAAUGACAUGUAAUGUAUAAGUACAUACUGUGGAUAACUGAUGACCCCUAUAAAUAUUGUUAAAAACGCGUUUCUACUAGUCAAUCUGUGCCAGUAGUGUCGUCAAAGAAGUACGAACCUUUCGUUUUACUUUGACGAUUCUAAACAUCAAUGUAUCAUGUGAGAAUUGUUUUUUAUAAAAUGUCUAUAGAUGUCGAUCGUGUAACGUUUUGUAUUGACUAUUAUGUUCGAAGUGGACUCAGCUUAACGCCAUUGUAUCUCUUUUGUAACGAAGUAUAAUGUUUGAGUGUGAGAUCAAGUGUUGGAUUUUUCUUAUAAGCAACAUAAGCUAUAGAUUAGGGCCCCCGCUUGAGGGGGAGGGGGGGCAGCAAAGGUUACAGGUUACAUUUUUGAGAAUGAGUAAACGAAAAAAAAAACCUCACAAGUGGCCCCAUAUCUUUAAUAGCUUAGGGCCUUAUCAAGUCUAAAUCCGGCACUGGUGACGGUUAUCAUUUGUUGUGACAGCUAGUUAAUAACUGACCAGUAGAUGACAAUGCACUGGCCACCUUUGUAAAAUGAAUCCUUGAAAUGUGUGUCCAGUUGGAGACAGUACUAAUUGGGUAAACCUGCACCAGCUGUACUACACUUUAAUCAAAAUGUCAAUAUUCAGUUCAUUGUCACGUGAUACAUUUCCAUAACAGAACGAAACAACUUUCAUUUCUCACUCAUGACAUUAUCACAAUUUACUGUCAAACGGAGUUAAAUAAAUAAAUGCUUUUUAAAAAAUA